UACUGGCCACCACGUCGCUGCAAACGUACCCUGAGCACUAGAUCUCAAAAGCGCCAAACCUCAAUUCGAAAGCAUGAAGUCCAUGGUCACACUGGUCUGCAUCGCCCUUGUUGCUACCAUGGUAUCGGCAGGGUAUUAUGGCGGAUAUGGUGGUUACGGAGGCUAUGGCGGGGGCUACGGAGGCUACGGAGGCUAUGGUGGGGGCUACGGGUACCACCCCGUAGGCCGCGUGUUCGUGUACUCGACGCAUAUCCAGCACCCGUCCUACGGUUACGGUGGUUAUGGUCACGGUGGUUACGGUGGCUAUGGUGGAUACGGUUACGGACUUGGAUACGGACACGGAUACCACGGUUAAACCAAAAAUUUGGGCCCUGUUCCUCAAAGAUGAUUUAUUUCAUGCUUUCGAGGAAGUAUACGCUUCUUCAGGAUGACCUUGUCAUAAACUUGGGAUAGUUUAGACGGUGUACGAAGGUUCUGGCUAAUCUUCCCGAUGGUGGGAGAAAUAGGAUCUGUAAAUAAAAACUUACUUGUAUUC